AGUUGGCAACUGUGCCGGGCGGCAAGUCAAGCUGUCAACAUCAACAGUGAGUCAGACAAGUCACGGGACACUCAGAGGACGGCAACAGGAUGGCAGGGAGGAUGUUGCUAGGUGCUUUCUGGUGCCUGAUGCUGGUGCUGGUGCUGGUGCCCUGCUAUGCCUACAAGUACAAGACCUACUUCAUGACACAGAGGGUGGACCAUUUCAGCUUUGCCAAUGACGACACCUUCCUGCAGCGCUUCUUGAUCAAUGACGAACACUGGGACAAGAAUGGCGGGCCUAUUUUCUUUUAUGCUGGGAAUGAAGGGGACAUCACUCUAUUUGCUGAGAACACGGGUUUCAUGUGGGACAUUGCACCAGAAUUCAAAGCAAUGAUUGUGUUUGGUGAACACAGGUAUUAUGGAAUCUCAGAGCCUUAUGGAAACAGAUCACUCACUGUACCAAAGUACUCGGGCUACCUGACCUCAGAGCAGGCACUGGAGGACUAUGUGGCCUUGCUCUCCUAUCUGAGGUUUGUCAUUGAAGGAGCCCAGACCAGUCCUGUGAUUGUGUUUGGAGGCUCCUAUGGAGGGAUGCUGGCUGCUUGGUUCCGGAUCAAGUAUCCUCACAUUGUGCAGGGGGCCAUUGCAGCAUCAGCUCCUGUGCGGCAGUUCACGGACUUUACUCCUUGUGAUAAAUUUGGACAAAAGGUGACAGAAGAUUUUGCCAACGCAUCAGCUUCUUGUGCUGAAGUGAUUCGAAAAUCAUGGGGAGCAAUCAAUUCCAUUACUGCCAAUGAUGAAGGAUUGGCUUGGCUCUCUAAGACAUGGAAGCUGUGCAAGCCACUUAAAAGCACAGCUGAUGUGGACACCCUGAAGGCUUACCUCAUGGAUGUGUGGACCAACCUGGCCAUGGUGGACUAUCCUUACCCAGCAAACUUCCUUGCUCCUUUGCCUGCGUAUCCAGUGAAGGUGGUGUGUAGUCACCUGACAGACUCAAGCCAUGAUGGUAAGGCCCUGCUGGAGGAACUGUUUGCCGGCCUCACUGUUUAUUUCAACUACACUGGAGAAAGCAAGUGUCUUGACGCUGGUCAGCAGGCUGAUGUGCGUCUUGAUGACCAAGGCUGGGACUUCCAGUCCUGCACAGAGAUGGUGAUGCCAUUCUGUUAUGAUGGUGUAAAGGACUUCUUUGAGCCUGCUCCUUGGGACUUCCAGGCUUACACUGCCAAUUGCCAAAAGACGUGGGGUGUGACGCCUCGCACCUACAUGGUCCCGCUCAUGUAUGGCGGCUGGUCCUUCAAGGCAGCCAGCAACAUUGUGUUCAGCAAUGGGCUGUUGGAUCCAUGGUCAACUGGCGGCGUGCUGUGGAAUGUGAGUGAGAGUGUUGUGUCGGUCAUCAUCCCGGAAGGUGCUCACCACCUGGACCUUCGCAGUGCCAACCCUGCCGACCCACUCUCAGUAGUGGAGGCGCGCCGCCUGGAGAAGGCACACAUCACCAAGUGGAUUCAGGAGUUCAAGCAAUUACAAGGUGCUGCUUAGGUUGUGUUCCGUAUGUACCUCACCAUUACAUCAUGCUGGUGAAUCCUCUACACUGAACCAUCAAUAUCCACAGAUUUUGUAGAAGUAAAUUACUAAAUUUUUGUGCCCAAACUCAGUAUUUUGAGAACAUAUGAUAAAUAGGAAAUAUAAUAACUUUUAAGUGGCAUGCAUUUCUUUGUCCAGGUUUUGUAAAUUAAGUACUGUCUUCCUUUUUGCAAGUACUGUAUAAUGAAAGUUGAAUGACUUCAUUCAGAUCAUUUUGAUAAUUCAAACCAGUCUUCCUGUGGCAUUCAGCUAAAGAGGAUUCCCUGGUGUGUUGGUGUACAGGAGAUGGUGAGGUGUUGAUCUGCCAUGUGAUGUAAUACUACUAGUACAAAGCUCUGCACUGAGAGAGUUUGAUGAAGUGUUCAGUUUAGUACCUUGUAAUACUGCAUCAUGUUUCUGACCAGUUACCUGUUUUAUGUUAUCAGGUUAGGUGUUCUUCAUGUGCUACUUUGUUCAAUAUAUCAUGCAGCCUUGGCUUUACUGUUUUGAGUGCUAUGAUGUGAACCAUGACAUCAUCUAGGAAGAAUACAUUUAUAUACUCAUUGUUUCCUGUCAGUAGAGGUGCAGGAGUAAGUGAAUCAUGGUGGAUUGAUGUGAUAAUGCAUCCAUCUACUUACUGAAGUGGUGUGUGCAAGAUUUCACAGGUUGUGUCAUUAAUGGUUAUCAUGAACAGCAGGUAUUGUGGCUGUGCAUAUUAUAGAUGAUAUAAAAGUGUAUGUGUUGCAUUUUCCAGAGUGAGAUAGCUUAGCAGAAGGUUAGAUGCCCACUUAGCUGUGGAUGAGGCUGUCAGGGUAGCCCUGCAGGUACUUACUUGCCUCAGAAGGAACUCAGGUAUGUCCAGUAGUUUGACAAGUAGUGAUGGGUGAGCUGAGAGUAGAUUGUGGGAGUAGUGGUAAGUACAUUGUCUCUGCAGCCAGUGUAAUGCCAUGAUCAUCUUCAAUUUGUGCUUUUAUUCAUUAUUUUCUUUUUCUCUUAACUUGUAUGCAGUGUAACAUAGCAGUUUUUGUAGAUCUCAUUUUCUUGGUCUGAGGAAUAAUAGAUAAUGUGAGAGAACACUAGUAUCUUUAAGAGAAUACUAUAGAGUGAAAAAUAAGAAAACAAACACAAUAAUUGAGAGCUUUAGGCAGUGUGAGGUUGAAGGAAGAUUGCUGAAGUUAUAGUGACAGUACUUAACACAGCUAUAGAGAGAGAAAUGAGGCACUAGAUAUCUAUACCUUCUAGAAAACCUAUCUCAUCACUUAUAGAAGUUGCUCAACCUUAUAAUAAUGUAUGAUAUGAAAAGUUAGUUGUUAGUUAUAAAAUGUGCAGUUUUCAUAUAGACAAACAUGAUGAAGCAUGAAUGAGAUGGUGCUAUAGAGAUGACAUGUGCAUAUACAUGUCUAUCCUAUCAGGAGAUAUAGUUAUGUAUGGAAAGGUUGUGUUGAGUAUUGGAAUGAAGUCUUUAAGGGAAGUCAGUCUGCUUGCCAGAACUUCCAAUACUGGAAUACUCUUGAAAAUUGUAUGCUGCAUUUUAUAAAUUCCAUUCAAUAGUCUCAUUUUAUGCAAUAAAUUUUUAUUUCCUUA